UUCUUUUUUUUUUUUUUUUUUCCUUAUCUGUUUAUUUCCUGUACGGACAUGGAUAAUAUUUUACCCAUUUUAUGGUCAUGGGUCUCCAUGCAUUUGCAUCAUAAUUCCACCAGCAAAUUCCAUAUCCCUUUCUCUGUCUCUCACUCUCUGCUUGCAACUCGUCAACAACCACUCACUCAGGCAUAUAUAUGCAGGAACUUUAUUGCAGUGAGUGUGAAAAUGAAUAGAAGUUCUUUUGCUUGCCUUUCUGUGUAGACCAUUUUAAAGUUGGGUCCAAAUGAGAGAAUCAGGCAAAAAGAAGGAACGGGUUCAACCAUUACCAAGCAAGGAAGUCCAAACACAUGAUGAGAAUCAUCCAAUUUCAAAGUCAACAGGCUCCCUCAAUCAAUUUCAGUGCACCUCCUGCAUGAUGAGGGAUAGUUGCCAAACUGUGAGAUCAAGAACAAGACUAAUGAACAUUCUGAUAGAAAGAGGAAAACCACAGGAUGUGCAGUCCAUUUUUGAUGGAUUAAUUGAGGGAGGGCAUAAACCGUCAUUGAUAUCUUACACAACCCUCCUGGCAGCCUUAACCAUCCAGAAGCGCUUUGAGUCCAUACAUACAAUUAUCUCACAAGUGGAAGAAAAUGGAAUGAAGCCUGAUUCAAUAUUUUAUAAUGCUGUUAUUAAUGCUUUGUCUGAAUCUGGGAACAUGAAAGAAGCCAUGGAAAUAUUUAGAAAGAUGAAGGACAGUGGAUUGAAACCCACCACCAGUACUUAUAAUACAUUAAUAAAAGGGUAUGGGAUCGCUGGUAAGCCUGAAGAAUCCCUGAAACUGAUAGAGUUGAUGUCUUCAGAGGAAAAAGUGAAACCCAAUCUCCGGACAUACAAUGUGCUUGUCAGGGCAUGGUGUAAUGUAAAAAACAUUGAAGAGGCUUGGAAUGUGGUAUAUAAGAUGAUUGCUUCUGGUAUGCAUCCUGAUGCUGUUACUUACAACACAUUAGCAACAGCUUAUGCUCGGGUUGGAGAGACAAAUCGUGCUGAAGGGAUGAUUUUAGAGAUGCAGAACAAUGGAGUGCAACCCAAUGGGAGAACUUGUGGUAUCAUCAUUAGUGGAUAUUGCAAAGAAGGUAAACUGCAGGAUGCCUUGAGGUUCCUGUACAGGAUGAAGGAUCUCGGGGUGCACCCUAAUCUUAUUGUGUUUAACUCAAUAAUAAAAGGUUUUGUGGAGGCAAUGGAUAGAGAUGGAUUCGAUCAGGUUCUGAUGUUGAUGGAAGAAUUUGGAGUCAAACCAGACGUGAUAACUUUUAGCACUAUCAUGAAUGCAUGGAGCACAGCAGGAUUCAUGGAGAAAUGCAAGCAAAUCUUUGAUGACAUGGUGAAUGCGGGCAUAAAACCUGAUAUACAUGCAUACAGCAUUCUUGCUAAAGGAUAUGUGCGUGCUCAAGAACCAGAGAAAGCUGAAGAACUGUUAACAUCGAUGCUUGAAUCAGGAGUACGUCCAAAUGUUGUGAUUUUCACAACCAUCAUGAGCGGAUGGUGCAGUGCUGGUAGAAUGGAAAAUGCAUUACAGAUUUUUGACAAGAUGUGUGAGUUUGGAAUUUCUCCGAACCUGAAAACAUUUGAGACCCUCAUAUGGGGUUAUGCAGAAGCAAAGCAGCCAUGGAGAGCUGAAGAACUGCUCCAAGUUAUGAAAGUUUUCAAGGUUCAACCUGAGAAAUCCACUGUCCUCCUCGUUGCAGAUGCUUGGCGAACCAUCGGAUUAACAAGGGAGGCAAAUAGGAUACUGGGUGUUAUGAAAAGGAAAGAAAAGACCCAUCAAACGGAAACAGAAGAAUCACCUUUGGAGAGCUUGGAGAAAAGUUAUCAGAAGAAAUCUUAUUCCACUCUGUUACAAAUACCAACUAUAGUUACAAGUGAUCAAAAAGGGUCAGUUCCAAUGACAAAAAACAGAAGAAUGGUGUUGAAAGAUGGUGAUUUUUCAAUGGAGAGCUCAUUUUUUGCCACUAAAUCAGUUUAUCAGCUUCCUCAUAGUUGUAAAUUUGGAGAAAGAUCGCCAAUUAUAUGCCGAAAGCAGUGUGAAGGGAAGCUUGGUAUAUAUGGGCAGUUUGCACAGUCAUGUACCGUUGUGUUCUUGAACUGAAGGAAAACCACAUAUUCUGCUUCAUACAAAAAGAAAACAUGUUCAUACAGUACAUAGUGGGACUAGAUUAAUUUGUUUUGCACUUGAAAAGGUGUUUGUUAUCCUAACAUUCUAUACUUAAUUCUAUGAAAAAUUUUAUAAAGAAAACAGUUAUAAUUUUUUUUA